GUCAAGGCUAUCGUAACAGGAAGUCGCCAUUUAUGACAACAAUACUAAUUUUGCAUAUCAAAAUGUAGACUUCUGUUUCGAAUAACCUUUGGUAUAACUUUCCAACUUGCAAAUCAAUAUCAUGUCCGUCAGUGGGAAUGCUGUAAAAGACAGCAGCAAGUCAGGUUUCUGGAAAAGAUCGGGCAGUGGACCUGGAAGUGGUAAACCAGUCUAUGGAGCACAACACCCUCCUAUGCACCAACCUCUAAGCAAUGCUGCCAAGAAAGAUGACAAGUCAAAAACAGCAAGGACGGGGGACUCGUUUCAAGACUUCGAGAACAAGACGAUGGAUGCCUGGGAUGAUGGCGAUGAUGACUUGAUGAUCGAUAUGGCAAACAUAAAAAUGUCCAUGAAGGAUAUUCAGUCUACGGCAAAGGCUGUGAUAGAUCAUGAUAGACAGACAAGAAAUGCAAAUAUACAUUAUAAUGGUCCCAAUCUCGGACCAGGUCAUCACAAGGCAGCUCCUGGUAUGGGUAUUAGAAUAAACAACUCCUUUCAGCCGCCAAAACCCAGUCCCAUACGAUACACACAAGAUACAAUAGUUGACAAAGAAGUAACUAAAUUGGAGAAAAUCAAAACAAUGUUAGCUGGUCCUAACACCAAUAUGGUUGAGCUUCAAAAACUGAGUUGGUCAGGCAUACCAAAAGCUGUGCGACCCACUUGUUGGAAAAUAUUAUCUGGGUAUUUACCGACAAAUUUUGAUCGUCGUGACCAGAUGUUAGAGAGAAAGAGGCAGGAAUAUUUUAGCCUUAUUGAUCAAUAUUAUGACUCUAGACAUGAUGAAAUGCAUCAAGACACCUUUAGACAGAUACAUAUAGACAUACCUCGUAUGAAUCCAUUAAUACCAAUAUUUCAACAGUUAUUAGUUCAAGAAAUAUUUGAGCGAAUAUUAUAUAUAUGGGCAAUACGUCAUCCAGCCAGCGGAUAUGUACAAGGCAUCAAUGAUCUAGUUACUCCUUUCUUUGUUGUAUUUCUUUCCGAGUUUAUAGAGAAUGAUAUAGAAGUAGAAAAUAUAAAUCUUACAGAAUUACCGGAGGAGACAUUAAACGUAAUAGAAGCUGAUACUUUCUGGUGUACAUCGAAACUUCUAGACGGUAUUCAGGAUAAUUACACAUUCGCUCAACCAGGCAUACAAACUAAAGUUAAUGCUCUCAGGGAACUUGUGAAGAGAAUUGAUGCCCAGUUACAUGCCCAUUUAGAGGAGGAGAGUGUUGAGUACCUACAAUUUGCAUUUAGAUGGAUGAACAAUUUGUUAAUGAGGGAAAUUCCUCUUAGAUGUAGCGUCAGACUCUGGGAUACCUACUUGUGUGAACAUAAUGGGUUUGCAGACUUUCACCUGUAUGUGUGUGCUGCCUUCCUGACAAGGUUUUCCAAAGAUUUGUUACGAGAGAAAGAUUUCCAGGGUAUACUAAUGUUCCUACAGAAUUUGCCCACACAUCACUGGCAUGACAAUGAAAUAAGUGAACUGCUGGCCGAGGCUUUUAAACUUAAGUACAUGUUUGCGGACGCUCCAAGUCAUUUAAGUAAAAAGUCCUGAUGAUAGUAUUUAGUGAUUUAUUAGUGAUCUGUUUGAAAAUACGGCAUAGAAAAGUGUGUGAGUUGUUGUUGGUAUCAACUGAAAAUGAAAGAUUUUGAUUGGCUGAUAUCGAGAUGACAGAUGUCUUUAUGAAGAUUUACUGCAAAACGAAAAUACACAGAGCUUCAUACUUCCAGAAUCGAAAAUGAAUUGGUGAAUUUGUUAUUAACUUAUUUUUUUGUAUGUCAAAUUGUUCUGUUCAUCAUUUAUGAAGAGACAUUAUGCAAAUUCUUGUAUUUAACCUUUAACCUGCUGGAACUGAAAAUGCUAAGCUUUUGCGACCAGUAUAGAGCCAGGUCAGCCUGCACAACCAUGUAGUCUGGCUGGGCGCUAUACUGUUUGUAGCUCAAUGUAGCUCUGAAUUUUGAUUUUGAAAUCCUUUUUAGGCCCUUUAUGCGUCUGAAAUGCUAUCAUUUUUAUUUCUCAUAAACUGUUUUUAUUUUUGGUUUAUCUUUUAACAGUUUCCAAAAAAUAUUCAUUUGCCAUAUACAUAAAAUAUCUUUUGCUGAUUUUGUUAUGUUGGCAAUUGGUAUAAUUAUAUAGUGAAUAAGAAUUUUUGUAUGGAAGUUCCAAAAUACUACUUUGUUUACAUUGUACUCCCUUUACAACACAUAGCUACAUGUUCAGCGAUAUUUUCGUCAGCUCUUAAACAUCUUACAUGCUCUUUAUCCAUUAUCAAAACAUUAUUAAACACAUGUUUGACAUUUCUAAAGAAUUUAAGAAAUGGGUAUUUCUGAGGCAUAAUGUGCCUUUAACUUUGAUUGGGCUGUUUCAAAUUCAAAGCAGGACAAAACCAUUUCACAAAUUUAGCAGGUUAAGCGUAUAGAAUAAAGGUUAGAUAAGGUAUAUUAAAAAAAUAACCAUAUUUAAGUAUUUUGCAGCAAGUGUUAACAAAUAUAUCGUCGCCUUAGUGCAAUAACUGGUUAACUCCUAUUAAAUUUAGAAGGACUUAACCCAGUACUACACUAAGGUUACGAUAUAUAUAACAAGAUAUAUGUACUGAUAUUUACAUUUGAUUUGUAUGAAAAUGGCCUAAUAGAAAUACUCGUUGAGUAUUUUGUAUUACUGUAUUUCAAUUGAAUCAGUAUUGGAUAUAAACAUUUAACUUGAUUAUUUUUAAUGGCAAAUAAAGAUUUGAGCCGCUUCAUGACAAAACCAACAUAAUGCGUUUGCGACCAGCAUGGAUCCAGACCAGCCUGCGCAUCCGUGCAGUCUGAUCAGGAUCCAUGCUGUUCGCUUACCAACCCUAUUACAAGUAGAGAAACUGAUAGCGAACAGCAUGGAUCCUGAUCAGACUGGGCAGAUGCGCAGGCUGGUCUGGAUCCAUGCUGGUCGCAAACGCACUAUGUUGGUUUUGUCAUGACGCGGCUCAUUUGUAGUUUAACCCCCCUGAAUGUUGUAAUGGAUCAUUUUGAUAGACUGGAAAAUUUCUGAAAUUUCGUCUUUUAUGAGUCUGUACAAAGAUUAAGAGAAAAAAAACAAAAACGGAUAGCUCAAUUAAGAGAUAAAGUAUUCUGAAUUUUAUUGAAAACUUUUCUUUAAAAUUUGUAUUAACUGCUUGAUCUCAGAGGGGAGUAUCGUCUCUAAAUUCACGGACAGAGUACGUAAGAUCCUCUGUCAUCAUUUGCCAGUAUUGUACCUUGUAUAGGUUUAUGUGAUUGAUGCUUCAUUUUAGUACUUUUAAUACUGACAUCUCUUAAGUAAAAAAAUGAACCGUUCCAAGUUGAAAAUAGGUCAAGCCCAUUAUGCUAUUUGGGGGUAUGAUUUGUAUUUUAUGUAGCGACCAGUCAAAGGAGCAGAAUGAGGAAGUGCUGCUAAUGAUUUGAAUAUAAACUACAUGUAUAUAUAAUUACAUGUAUAAUAUAUACAUACAUGUGUAUACAAUGUACAUGACUUGUGUUUGAAAUUUGAUGAUUAUACUCGUGUGAAAUGACCUGUGAUAUACAUACUUAUUUGAGCUGCGCCAUGACAAAACCAACAUAAUGGGUUUGCGACCAGCAUGGAUCCAGACCAGCCUGCGCUUCCGCGCAGUCUGAUCAGGAUCCAUGCUGUUUGCUUAUAAACCCUGCGCGGUAGCGCAGGCUGGUCUGGAUCCAUGCUGGUCGCAAACCCAUUAUGUUGGUUUUGUCAUGGCCUGGCUCAUUUAAUGAUACAUGCGGCCAAAGUGUGGUAUUUAUUAAAGAAUAUGUACUUUAUUGUUUGUAUAGG